CGACAGCAGCGGCCUCCCCUUUAAGAGGCACCGCCGCCGCCCGCAGGCCCCGCGGUUGCUGCAGGAACCUCCCCUUUAACGGCCGCCGCUGCCCCACUCGUCCGCUCGGGCUUCUCCAUCCUCCGGCCCGGGGCCCCCGGCCCGCGGACCCAGGUGCUCUUGGGGCACACACCUGGCCCGGUCCCGCCAUGGUGUCCUGGAUCAUCUCCCGUCUGGUGGUGCUGAUCUUUGGCACAUUGUACCCGGCCUACUCUUCCUAUAAGGCUGUCAAGACAAAAAAUGUGAAGGAAUAUGUGAAGUGGAUGAUGUAUUGGAUUGUAUUUGCCUUCUUCACCACUGCUGAGACCCUCACUGACAUUGUGCUGUCCUGGUUCCCUUUCUACUUUGAGCUGAAAAUUGCUUUUGUGAUCUGGCUGCUAUCUCCAUAUACCAAGGGCUCCAGUGUGCUCUAUCGAAAAUUUGUCCACCCCACGCUCUCCAACAAAGAAAAGGAAAUUGAUGAAUACAUCACACAGGCCCGGGACAAGAGCUAUGAGACCAUGAUGAGGGUGGGCAAAAGGGGCUUGAACCUGGCAGCCAACGCUGCGGUCACUGCAGCUACCAAGGGCCAAGGAGUAUUAUCAGAAAAGCUAAGAAGCUUCAGCAUGCAAGACCUGACACUGAUCCGAGACGACGAAGCCUUGCCCUUGCACGGUCCUGAUGGCCGCCUCCGACCCUCAGCCAGUGGCCUCCUGGACCCCAUUGAGGACUUAGGAGAUGACCCUGGCCUGAGCCUUCGGUCCUCAAGUGGGAGCCAGUCAGACACACGGACAGAGGCCUCUGAGGAUGACAUGGGGGACAAGACCCCUAAGCGCGUCAAAUCAAUCAAGAAAGUGCCAAAAGCUGAGCCAAUCCCCAAGACGCUGAAGACCCGCCCUAAGAAGAAGCCCACAAGUGGGGGAGAGUCAGCCUGAUGUGAGCCCUCCCCCCCACCUCUGCGCAGAGGCCCUCGUGGGGGAGUCAUGUCUAGAACUGCUGCUGCUUCCUAGAUUGAGGGGGCCUCAGGGAGAUCUCUCCAUGGGAGCAGCCCCCUGCCCCCACCCCUUUCUCUCACUGAGAGUCUGAGGACCAAGAUGUGAGAUGCUGCCUCUGGGAUCUCCCAGGGAGGCCUCUGGCCAGGGUUGGGUGGGCAGGUAUGAGGGGUGACGGGUCUGGGAGCUGACUGGAGCCAGGCACUUUCUUGUUUGGACCGCUGGUUUGGGAACACAAGGGCCAAGGUCGGGGAUGGGGGGUGGGGUGGAAGAGGCUGUUAUGUCCACAGAAGGACUACCCCCUUGGAACAGCAGCCUUUGGGGCCUCUUUGGUUGAAGGCUUGGGUGUGUGUGUAUGUGUG